AUGGACUGUUGUGAACGCGGUGCUAAAAUAGAAGGAGACCCUCCUCCUUCAGAAGCUGGUGCUGUCGGCGAUGUUGGCGCCGAUUGUGUGAAAGCACUCAAGCUUGCUAAGGAGCGCGAGAUAGACAUCCGUGAACAUGCUAAUCCUCUUGUUGCUUUGUGUAUCUACAUCUACAUCCUUAGCAAUAGAAAUAGGGCGUGCACCGGCCGUCAUUGUCAUGCUCUCAUUACUGAUCUCAUCCUUGGGGUUGCUGUCGUUACGAUCAAUAUUUUUGCCGUUAUCAUUAUUAUCGCUGUCGUUAUCAUUGGCAUUAUUAAGAUUAUUACGGGUAUUGGUAUUACUGAUAGUGUCAUUGGUAUUAGUGAUGUGGGUAUUAGUAUUGGUAGUGUCGUUAUUAAUAUUCGUAUGAGUCGUUUUGGACAUUGGCAUUAUCGUCAUUGA